GUGGAGUGGGACGACCGCAAGGGCAAGUACUCAGCCUCGUCUUGCGACGGCCCCUGGAAGUCAGGCGGCGGUGGUGGAGGCGGUGGUUGGGGCGGUGGCGGUGGAGGCGGCUGGGGCGGUGGGAAAGGCGGCGGGAAAGGCUAUAACGAGCUCGCACGGACCGCUGGUUGUCAUGAAAGCACUGCCGUUUUUUUCUGGCAGGCAGUGGCCCCAGCAGGUGUUCGAGCAGUGGUAUGCUCGAGCAACUGAAGCCUCGAAGAAGGCCAAUCGGCUGGCGCAGAAGGCGCAGGAGACUCUGGCGGCGGGACAGGCGGGCACCACCCAGGGCGCCACGCCCGUGGCCAAGGCGCCGAAGUCCAUCGUGUCCCGCAUCCGCAGCGUUGCGAGCACUCUGGACAACUGCCAGAACGACAUCUACACCGAGCAGUGGAGGAGCCUGGACACGUACCCGAUGGCGGCCUGCCCUCGCAUGCCUCUCGCCUGCCUGCGGACCCCGCCUCCGCGCGGGGCGAUGCCGGCGCACCUCGCUGUUUGGGAGAGAACAGGCUGGCUGGGGACCGCAGACGGUGGCUCGAGGCGGCGCGAUCGGCCUGGCGUCGACUACCCCCGCUCCCAAAGGGCGCGCGCAAGCCGCGCGAUGGGCUCUGGGCUGGCCCUGGAGGCCUGCUGCAAGCCCCCGGAGGUGGUCGACGCGCCCGACGCGGCCGACGAGGAGCCCCCGCGGCGCCGGCCCACGGCUCGGUUGCCGACGCUGCUGGGGGGCGGCCGCUCCGAGAACGGGGACAAGCCGAGGCCUGGCUGCACGGAGGACGACUUCGAGGAGAUCGGGGGCCUCCACGUCCUCCUCGACGUGGACGGGCUCGCGGCCCUCUGGAAGCGCUUCGCGGAGCGGAAGCUGGGCGGUCCGCUGGGGCCAGAGGAUGCGCGGCUGGUGGAGACCAGCGCGCAGGUGUACCACAGAAUCCUCGACGUGGACAUGAGCGGUACAGUGUCGUACGCGGAGUUCGCGGCCUUCAUGAUGGGGGCCACGGAGCCCCGAGGCCCUCUGAAGGACAUGCACGCCAGGCUUAGCAAAGUGCUGCAGAGGGCCCCGCAGCUGCUGUCUCAGCUUGUGGAGCGGUUUCGCGACUGGGACACCAAUUGUGAUGGUUACUUGUCGGUCGAGGAUUUCGAGGAAGACGGCGGCUUUGCUGAGAUGAAGUUUGCAGAGAUGUUGGAGGCGGCAGACGUUGACUGCGACGGGCGGCUGGACCUCUGGGAGUUGAUUGCGUACUCCAUGGGGCGCCGCAAGACAGCUGUGGAACUUCUCGUGUACGACGUCUCCAAGGGCGCAUCGAAGUACGUCAGCCCCAUUGUGCUCGGGCGCCACUUCGAGGCCAUCUACCACAGCAGUGUCCUCGUGUACGGCAGUGAGUUCUGGUACGGCGGAAAGCUCUUCAUGAACGAGCCACCCUGCAAAUGCUUCGACCCGCCCCUAAACGAGUCCGCAGUGCCGCUGGAGCCCUCCUCGUAUCACGAGAAUCUGAAGACGGUGCACCUGGGCUACACCUUCGUGACGCAGGCGGAGUUCUCCAGGUUCCUGACCAGGGACCUGCUGACAAAGUACACCACCGACAACUACGACGUGCUCACGAACAAUUGCAAUUGUUUUUGCGAGGACGUGGUCCGCUUCCUCACUGGGAAUGGCAUCCCCGACGAGAUUCUGAACAUGCCUCAGCAGGUCAUGCACACGCCCGGGGCCCGGAUGCUGCGGCCCCUGCUCAACCGGUGGCUUGGGGGCUUCGACACCGGCAAGGGCGCUGGCGAGGGCGUCGAGGAGUGGGACGCUCGCCUCAACGAUGGCGAGGGUGACUCCGAACCCCCGCCGGCGCCGCUAGCCGAGGGCGCCUUCGUGGUCCUGGGGCUGGGGGGCAAAACACCGAAGAUCGCCGCGGUAAAGGGCAGAAGCAAAACCGGCAUCGACCUGCGGUUCUUCGACCCCCUGCAGAGUGCGUUUGUGGCCGAGUCCGACGUGCCGCGAAGUGAUCUGAGGCGCGUGGAGUCUUGCGAGGACGCCUCUCCUCCCAGAGAGAAGCCCCCGGCGUCGCCGGACGGAGCUUCUCCCUCCUCGCGCCAGAGGGCCAGGGCGUGA